AAUCCAUUAUGUGUUUGUUGAGCGUGAUUUUGAUAUCGCUAGUGCUUUUUAUAGUGCAAUUUUAAUUGUAACGAAGCCUAAAUUUGAGAACAACUGACUAUAACUGAGAAACAUGGCUAACUUUGACGCCAUGUCAGGAGUAAGAUCUUGGCAGUGACAUCAGCGGGAGUAUAAGAGGCGGGGGCGCCCCUGCGGCGUGUCAAAGACUCCUGCCAGCGUCCGCGGGCCACCAUGCGUGAAAUUGUGCACCUGCAGAUCGGACAGUGUGGAAACCAGAUCGGCUCCAAGUUUUGGGAAGUCAUCAGCGAUGAACAUGGAAUCAACGUAGUAGGAAAUUACGAGGGUGACUCUGACCUACAACUGGAAAGGCUCAAUGUCUACUUCAAUGAAGCGCACGGGGGGAAGUACGUGCCACGAGCUCUGCUUGUCGACCUGGAGCCCGGAACCAUGGACAGUGUGAGGGGCAGCAAGAUAGGACAACUGUUCAGACCCGACAACUUCAUCCAUGGUAGUUCUGGAGCUGGGAAUAACUGGGCCAAAGGGCACUACACAGAGGGGGCGGAGCUUGUCGAAAACGUGAUCGACAGAGUCCGCAACGAGUGCGAGAGCUGCGACUGUCUGCAGGGGUUCCAGUUCGUGCACUCCCUGGGCGGCGGGACCGGUUCAGGCAUGGGAACGCUGAUCAUUAAUAAGAUCCGCGAGGAAUAUCCAGACCGCAUCAUGAACAGCUUCAGCAUCAUGCCCUCCCCAAAGGUUUCGGACACAGUAGUAGAGCCCUACAACGCCACACUGUCCAUCCACCAGCUGAUCGAGAACACAGACGAGACCUAUUGCAUCGACAAUGAGGCUCUAUAUGACAUAUGCUUCCGCACACUCAAGCUCACCACACCUACCUACGGUGACCUUAAUCACCUAGUGUCCCUGACCAUGAGUGGGGUGACCACCUCCCUGCGCUUCCCUGGGCAACUCAAUGCUGACCUUCGCAAGCUAGCGGUCAACAUGGUGCCCUUCCCACGUCUGCAUUUCUUCAUGCCGGGCUUCGCCCCACUGACCAGCAGGGGGAGCCAGCAGUAUCGCGCACUCACCGUGCCGGAGCUGACGCAACAGAUGUUUGACGCACGCAAUAUGAUGACGGCCUGCGAUCCUAGACAUGGCCGCUACCUCACUGUGGCGGGAAUGUUCCGUGGACGCAUGUCGACCAAGGAGGUGGACGAACAGAUGCUGGCCAUCCAGAAGAAGAAUAGCACCUACUUCGUGGACUGGAUCCCACACAACGUCAAAGUGGCUGUGUGCGAUAUCCCCCCACGAGGACUCAAAAUGGCCUCCACCUUCAUCGGUAACAACACAGCCAUCCAGGAGAUAUUCCGUCGGGUGGGCGAGCAGUUCUCCGUCAUGUUCCGUCGCAAGGCCUUCCUGCACUGGUACACGGGGGAAGGCAUGGACGAGAUGGAGUUCACUGAGGCGGAGAGCAACCUGAACGACCUGGUGUCUGAAUACCAACAGUAUCAGGAUGCCACUGCAGACCAAGAAUGGGAGCCAGAGGAAGGAGAAGAAGCAGGACCAUCACUGGCAGGCACUACAUCUCACACCAGAACAGAACUUAAGACUGAAAUUAUAAGUGAAACUGAAUGAUGGGCCAAUUAAAAUUCUGCAAAUGACCAUUACAACGUACAUCCCAUCAUAGUGACAGUUUUAUAUGUUUGGCGGUGUGUGUUGUCUACCUGUACUAAUAUAUCAUCGUUAUCAAUAAGAGACCAAAGCAGGGACUUAAGACCAUCAAAAUAUUGCCGAUAAAUAUUAAAGAUGCCAGGCACAAUUCUCAAAAUUAUUUUAUUGUAAUUUCUGUAAUUUAUGCAUUUAAAUCUUACUGUUGAAAAUUAAAGAGUUGUGAUGUGUUGCCAUUCGAAUACCUAUAUAUCAUUAUGCUAAUUCAUACAUAUGGUUAAUUAUUACCAAUCAAGACCUCAGUCUUGGUAAUUGAAUUGGUAAAAUAUUUCUCUUCAUAAUCAAAAUUUCUCAGAAUUUUUAUAUAUUGCCUUGUGGUUAUGAACAAUUGUAAAUAAACAGCAAAAAUAUAUCUAAUUCCCAUUUGUAAUGUUUGGAAUGGAAACUGGCUUUAUAGAAAUUUCUAUUAAAACUGAAUAAAUUGU